GGCGGCGGCGGAGACGGCGACAUGGCCUCGGAGCAGGACGUGCGCGCACGGCUGCAGCGCGCGGGCCAGGAGCACCUCCUGCGCUUCUGCGCGGAGCUGGCGCCAGGGCCGCGCGCCGCGCUGCUGGCCCAGCUGGAAUCGCUGGAGCCGGAGGCGCUGCGCGAGCACUGCCAGCGCGCGGCCGCGGCCUGUGCACAGCCCCCGGGCCCGCCGCCCGACCUGGCCGCGCGCCUGCGUCCCCUGCCCCCGGAGCGCGUGGGCAGCGUGAGUCGGAGCGACGCGGAGAGGCGGCGACUCUGGGAGGAGGAAGGUUUCCGCCAGAUCGCGCUGAACAAGGUGGCCGUGCUGCUGCUGGCUGGCGGGCAGGGCACUCGCCUGGGUGUGACCUACCCCAAGGGCAUGUACCGGGUGGGGCUGCCCAGCCAGAAGACCCUGUAUCAGCUGCAGGCGGAGCGGAUUCGGCGGGUGGAGCAGCUGGCCGGGGAGCGCCACGGGAUCCGCUGCACCGUGCCCUGGUACAUCAUGACGAGCGAGUUCACUCUGGGGCCUACGGCCGAGUUCUUCAAGGAGCACGGCUUCUUUCACCUGGACCCUGACAACGUGGUCCUGUUUGAGCAGCGCAUGCUGCCCGCUGUGACCUUCGAUGGCAAGGCCAUCCUGGAGCGGAAAGACAAGGUGGCCAUGGCUCCAGACGGCAACGGGGGCCUGUACUGCGCGCUGGCGGACCACCAGAUUCUGGAGGACAUGGAGCGCCGGGGGGUCGAGUUUGUGCACGUGUACUGUGUGGACAACAUCCUGGUGCGGCUGGCGGACCCCGUCUUCAUCGGCUUCUGCGUGUUGCAAGGCGCGGACUGUGGCGCCAAGGUGGUGGAGAAGGCCUACCCCGAGGAGCCGGUGGGCGUGGUGUGCCAGGUGGACGGCGUCCCGCAGGUGGUGGAGUAUAGCGAGAUCAGCCCCGAGAUCGCCAGCCUUCGCGCGCCCGACGGGGGCCUGCUCUACGGCGCGGGCAACAUCUGCAAUCACUUCUUCACGUGGAGCUUCCUCCGGGCGGUCACGCGGGAGUUUGAGCCUCUGCUGAAGCCACAUGUGGCUGUGAAGAAGGUGCCGUACGUGGACGAGGAGGGGAACCUGGUGAAGCCGCUGACACCCAACGGGAUAAAGAUGGAGAAGUUCGUGUUCGACGUGUUCCAGUUCGCCGAGAACUUCGUGGCCUUUCAGGUGCUGCGGGAGGAGGAGUUCUCCCCGCUGAAGAACGCCGACCCGGCCGGCAGGGACAGCCCCACCACGGCGCGGCAUGCCCUGCUGGCCCAGCACCUCCGCUGGGCCCUGAAGGCGGGGGCCCGCUUCGUGGGCGCCCACGGCACCCGGCCCCCGGAGCUGCCCAGUGGAGAGCCUCCGGUCGUCUGCGAGAUCUCGCCGCUCGUGUCCUGCUUUGGAGAGGGCCUGGAGGAGUACUUGCGAGGCCGGGAGUUCCAGUCCCCGAUCAUCCUGGACAAGAAUGGGGUCCGGGCGUUGGAUCCCUGACUGGCUCCCAGACCCGCCGGCCCCUGGGGUCCGUCGGGGUGUGGACGUGGCCCUGCCCCGCGGCUCCGGGCAGGCAAGCGGGCGGCUGCGUCCUUCUGCGCCCUGGAACAUAGGAGGGGGAGCCCUGGUUUCCUCCGCAAGAGCGGGACCUGCUCCGUCACCAGUCCCCGAAGACACAAGUGACCCCACUUCUCCUGGGAGCCAGCGAGGGCUCUGCAGCUCC